UAAAAAUUUAUCAAAGGUAGCCUAUAAUCCCUGACAAUUCAAAAAUAUUGCAUUAUUCUGAAGUGUGAUUUAGGUUCUUCUCUGUUGUACAAUGCGACCAAGAGUUUACCCACCUCAACCCCAUUACAUACCAGGUUAUACUGGACAUUGCCCCAAAUAUGAUUUAAUUCAAAACAAGCAAGGAAGACCCCAUCAACGUUAUCUCGAGUGCAAACCAGCUCAAUUAGAAAAAGUUAAAAACGAGGAUCACUUGGACGAAAAGGAACACGGGCUAACUUUAAAGGAGAUCGACUUCGUCGUAGCACAUGAACGUGAACCAAACUAUACGCAUCGUAGUGCUCCAAAAGCUGAAGAGUUUUCGUCCUUUUUAAACAACCAACUUGGAAGUAAAUUGUCAUCGCAAUUUCAGGAAUCAGUUGCUUCCCGACAGAAGCAAAUCAGAGACGAAUUGCUGGAAGAGCGCUUAGCAAAACGGAUAGAGACCCUUAAUAAAAGUUCAAGCGUGGUUAAACCGAAACAAUGUAAUGUAGACCUGAGUUGUCACCGUCGCAUUUAUAAAACGAGAGACAUGUUCAAGGAGUUCAAAGUUUCGGAGGCAACUCCAGACGAAAGGAAAAUAGAGCUAGAAUUGUGUAAAUACCAACCUGGUAGUCCAAAUGACGCAUUUGCUAAAGAAAGAAGUGCCAUUUUCGAUAUUUACAAGAAAGAUUCUGGUUUAAUACCCAAUUAUGCCGGCCAUGUUCCUGGAUCUGAUUUUAGAUUUGGUAAAACUUUCGGAUAUGAUUCUUUCAAUGCGAAACAAUGGCUAAGAAAGUCGUAAGAAGUGUAACCUUCAAUUAUCGUGUUUGAAUUCAGUGAAACUUGCAUCUCACAAUUUUGAAUAAUAAUUCUAAAAUUUAUAGUUGACUUGCUUUUUUUUAAAAUAAAUAUACACCGAAAUUACAA